AAUGCAAUCCAAUUCGUCUCCCAGACACGUUGAAAACACGGUUCAACCAAAGGCGGACAACAAAAUGGAAUGAAGAAUUCUACGGUGAAUCUUCUCUCGUGUAACAGACGCGCCAAUGAACCGCGUAAGGUUAAUAUAGCAUUUUGAAAGAACUGAAAAAAGUGGAGAGAGUGAGGGAAAGAAGUGAAUUCCCGGAUAUCCUCGAAGUGGGAGCGAACUUGCUAUCAUUGUGGGUUUUGCGUUCGAAUCCUCUGUAAAAAAUUUCAUUGAUUUUCUUUGCUUUUUGGGUCGGUAUGGAUGAUGAUAACAAGAGCCCAUCUGAAAUCAACAGCUUCCGUGUCGUUGAUGUUAUAAGGACAAUCAAGAAAAGAAAAUUACAGGCCGAGCAAUUGGAGUUACCAACGGCAAAGCACAAAUGCUGGCAAAGCUCGCCUUCUAACGAAUCAGUGUCCAUGUCUGUUGAAAAUCCUGAUGUACAGAGCUUACAUUCAAGCAUAAUUGGAGGAAAAACAGAGGAACAUGUCGUGGAAGACAGAUCAGAACAUGACUCAGGCAAAGACAGCAAUAGUUUUUUCAGAGAUUCUGACUCUCCAACUUCCAUAUAUGUCGAAGCUAAAGUUGAACCUGAGUAUGUGAAGACAUACUUGUAUGAUAUGCCUUCCACUUCUAGUGGCACCGAGAGUUGUAAGGAUGCCAAUUAUCCUUUAGACAGUUUGACAGUGGUAAAAGCUAGUUCUGGCAAAGAGGAACUAGCAUUUUCGCAACAUGAUGAUGGAAUACAUUUAUUUCAGAAUCAUGAAGAGCACCUCAUAGAAUUUAGCAACCAUGUUGAUUACAUUAACUGCGAGUAUGAAGACAUUGAGCAAUGUACAGAUAAGGAACUUGGAGAUCUUCUCUACUCCAAUCGGUUGAACCCGAAUACAUAUGUGCUUUCAUCGGGACGUUGGAGCGUAAAUCAAGAUACUCAAUCCGGUGCUAGGAAACCAACAAUUGAUCAAGAAUUUGAGCAAUAUUUUUCCAUGCUUAUGCUGUAGCUGUAAUUGCGUGACAAAGCAUUGGAAAUGGUUGUAGUUUUUCUUUCGAGGAUUCCUGUAUAUAUCCAAAUAAUGUGAAGAUGAGCUCUCCUAUGGAUAAUCGAAAUGAUCAUCUGCUACAGAGGAGAAAGAGAGAUUUAAAGUCUUGUACUGAACCAGUGCAUGUGGGAACGCGCUUUGAAGGAGAUGCAAUCGGUUCCUCGCUAAUGUAAAUUAACUAAUUAAACAAAUGUCGUUUGUUUGUGAUUUAUAUUGAAGAAUAUUAUACUGUAUGAUCUAUAAUGCUUUUCUUGCA